AUGGGCAUCAUCCCAGUUUCAGAGAGGGCAUCUUGGAAUGCAUCCUUUGGGGGACCAGGCACCAUGAGCGGGCCCCUCUCUGGCCCCUGGUACAGCACACACAAGACUCAGCUCUUGGGAGUUUUACUUGCUGCUGCUUCAAAUUUGCUGAUUAGUGUCUCCUUGAAUAUACAGAAAUGCGCUCAUCUUCGACUGGCUUGCCAAACUGAGCUGAAGCCCUACUACACGAGCAAGCUGUGGUGGUGUGGGAUUACCCUCCUGGGGCUUGGAGAGGUGGGCAAUUUUGCAGCCUAUGGAUUUGCCCCCAUUACUCUUGUUACUCCACUGGGAUGUGUAUCUGUCAUAGGUAGUGCAUUUAUUUCUGUCUUUUUCCUAAAGAAGACCAUGAAGACUGCUGAUAUAUUGGGUGGAACACUGACAGUAACAGGGACAUACUUGUUGGUGACAUUUGCUCCAAAUGUACCUCAAGAGCUCACAGCAAGACAAGUACAGAAUUACUUAGUGAGCUGGCCUUUUUUGGUAUAUUCAAUCUUAGAAAUUUUAAUAUUCUGCAUUCUUCUCUAUUUUUACAAAAGAAAGGCUGUGAAACACAUCGUGGUUUUGUUAAUGAUGGUAGCGCUACUGGCAUCAAUGACUGUCAUUGCUGUAAAGGCUGUGUCCAGUAUGAUAACACUAUCUGUGAAGGGGAAAAUGCAGCUAACUUAUUCCAUUUUCUAUGUCAUGGUUGCUUUAAUGGCAAGUUCUUGUGCUUUCCAAGUCAAGUUCUUGAAUCAAGCAAUGCAUCUGUAUGAAGCAACAGCAGUUGUGCCCAUUAAUUUUGUGUUUUUCACCACCAGUGCCAUCAUUUCAGGGGUCAUAUUUUAUCGGGAAUUCCAAAGUGCAGCUUUCCUGAGUGUGUUCAUGUUUCUGUUCGGGUGUCUACUGUCUUUCCUUGGUGUGUUUAUAAUUGCAAGAAAUAAAAAAGAGGAGCAUUUACAAAUUCCUUUUAUUGACUGUGGACAUAUUCCUGGACACAAACUGACAGGGAAAAUUCAACCAGAUUCUCACAGUUCAUGCUAUGGCACACUGAAUAAGGAAGAUGACUUGGUGAAAAGUCAAAGCUGAAAGAAGAAAGGACCUUACUUGUCAACUAACAGGAGGAAUACCACUGGAACAAGGCACAGCAGCACUUUUUUGUUGAACAUAUUUAAGUACACAUUGAACUCCUGUAUGUUGAUGAGUCAUAGUAUUAUUUAAUCCUAAUUAAUUUAUCCUGUGAUUCUACCAAAUGGAUUCUAAAUAUAAAGGAAGCCUUAAGAAAAACUAAAUAACCAUUAAUGAUACAGAAUAUUCUCCUAGUAUCAAUGCCUCUUGGGGAUAUUUUUAGAGUCUUAAUUGCCUUGAAAUGCAAAUAGGCACAGAACAGGAUUAUAAAAAUUCCCCUUUGAAACCCCUCAGAUCUGUGUAGAUGCUUAAAGACA